AUGGGGUUCUUUGCGACGGGGAACGAGCAUUCGAGCUCCAGUCCCGGCAACCCUACACCAGACGGCAAUGAUGAUGUUAUCCGUGAAGCUCCUGCUAACGAAGACUCGGAAAAGCAGGUGCCCAUCCACGAUGAUGACGUGCAAACAGCGUUGCCGCAAAUCCCGUCCCCCCCACCGUAUACAUCGACCCCACGGUGGAAGCUCGAGUGCUCAGGAAGCUGGAUCUGA